CUACACUCGAUUAUCAUCCUACCAACAAAACUGGUGUCAAAUUGCCUUUUGACGGACCAUCCAUUUACCAACAGUCCCAUUCAGCUCACUCGUCUUUGACUUUGAGUCCUAUCUCCGAUAUCUCCGCCAUUUCUUCUCUUCAAAUAGUAGAGAGUCAAGUAGAGAGACAGAGGUUGUGUGUGUUUAAUUGAUCUGUGAACUUGAACACUUAUUCUUUAAAUUCAGAGAAUUUCGAUCCUUAUUUGAUCGGUGAACUAGGGUUUUGUGAAUCUAUGAAGUUGAACGGAGAGAUUUCAUACAAUACAGACGGUGAAGAAGACGAGAUAUUAAACGAAGUGAAUUCGCACAAGUUCCCGAUCGGUUUUGUCUCUCCUCAGCCACCAAAACUCAUAGUCGGUUACGCUCUCACCUCGAAGAAGAAGAAGAGCUUCUUACAACCCAAACUCGUUGCCUUAGCUCGAAAUAAAGGAAUAUUAUUUGUUGGCAUCGAUCUGAACAGGUCAUUGUCAGAUCAAGGUCCUUUUGACGUCGUUUUACACAAGUUGUUGGGGCAGGAGUGGUUCCAAAUUAUUCAGGAUUACCGACAAAAACAUCCUGAAGUUACCGUCCUUGAUCCUCCAGAUGCCAUAGGACGUAUCAACAACCGUCAGUCCAUGCUUGAGCAUGUAGCAAAUCUGAACUUGCCUUACUGCUAUGGCAAAGUUGGUGUUCCAAGGCAAUUGGUCAUCAGAAAAGAUCCUUCAUCCAUCCCCGAUGCAGUAACAAAAGCAGGACUGAGACUACCUCUAGUUGCGAAACCACUGAUACUGGAUGGAAGUGCAAAGUCACAUCAACUAUGUCUUGCUUAUGAUCAGUUCUCUCUGACAAAACUUGAACCACCUUUGGUUUUACAGGAGUUUGUCAAUCAUGGUGGUGUUCUCUUUAAAGUUUAUAUUGUUGGCGAAGCUAUAAAAGUUGUUAGACGGUUCUCCUUGCCUGAUGUAUGUAAACAAGAGUUAACAAAAAUCGCUGGUGUAUUCCCUUUCCCAAGAGUUUCAGGUGCAGCGGCUUCUGCAGAUGAUGUCGAUCUUGACCAUGUUGCUGAGCUUCCUCCAAGACCUUUGCUUGAGAGCCUUGCAAGGGAGCUCCGUCAUCGAUUGGGUCUCCGACUGUUCAAUAUAGAUAUCAUACGAGAGAAUGGAAUCGGAGAUUUGUAUUAUGUCAUUGACAUCAACUACUUCCCUGGUUAUGGGAAAAUGCCGGAAUACGAGCAUAUGUUUACAGAUUUUCUUCUAAGCUUAUGCAGAACAAGCACAAAAAGCGACCUGCUGCAUGAGGGUGUUUUGGAUGCUAAAUCAGUGCUAAUUACAUUUUCUUGUGGUAGUGGCCGUAAUCGUGAGCUUUCAAGGAUUUGGCUAUCAAAAUUAUUAGAAAGCAGAAUCCAAGAAGAACACAUCGCUCCCCUCUGCCUCAGGCUGACAGGUAAGGGUUUGCUAGCAUUUGUUAGCGUACGAUCUUCUAUCACAAGCUUGAGUUGGGAAAAUAGUUUCUUUCACAUUUCGCCUGACCCCCACCAUUAG